AUGGCUGAGGAUCCCGCCUUAGGGGCUCUGAGUCCGCGGGGGUGUGCGGACGGCAAAGAUGCGGACGGUACGGAGGAGCGGGUGGAGGAAAUGGCGGAAGAAGACCAGGAGCAGUUCGAGUGCCAGGAAUUGCUCGACUGCCAGGUACAAAUGGAGAACCCUGAGGAGGAGGAGGACGCGAGACUGGUAGCCGAAGCCGAGACUGUGGCCGCCGGUUGGAUGCUGGAUUUUCUCUGCCUGUCUCUUUGCCGGGCUUUCCGCGACGGCCGAUCCGAGGACUUCCACCAGACCCGCGACAGCGCUGAGGCUAUUAUUCAUGGACUGGACAGUCUAACAGCUUACCAAUUGAGAACUAUCUAUAUAUGUCAGUUUUUGACAAGAAUUGCAGCAGGAAAAACCCUUG